AUGAAUCCCUUGAACCCAAUAGAAUUCAGGAGGCAAUGCCAUAUGGUCACUGACUUCGUUGUCGAUUAUUACCAGAACAUAGAAAAGUACCCUGUUAGAAGCCAAGUUAAACCAGGUUAUCUAUUUCAAAGUUCGCCCGACUGUGCUCCAAUGUACCCUGAGUCAAUCGAAGCUAUACUGAAGGAUGUGCAGAAGGAUAUUAUUCCAGGCAUAACACAUUGGCAAAGUCCAAAUUUUUUUGCCUACUUUCCAGCCAGCUUAAACACGGCAAGCUUUCUAGGGGAAAUGCUUCUCAAUGGUUUUAGUGUUGUCGGAUUCAACUGGGAAUCUUCUCCUGCAGCAACAGAACUAGAGAUCAUCGUCAUGGAGUGGUUGUUAAAACUUCUCCAGCUUCCCCAGUCGUUCUCAACUUCAAGUAAUCAAGGUGGAGGUGGUGGUGUUUUGCUUGGGAGUACCUGUGAGGCCUUCAUUUGCACACUCCUUGCUGCGAAAGAGAAGACACUUGAUCAAAUUGGAAGAGAAAACACUGAGAAUCUUGCAGUCUACUGUUCUGACCAAACCCAUUUUUCUUUCCACAAGUCAGCAAAAGUUGUUGGGAUAAAACCUGAGAAUGUUCGACAAGUCUUGACAACUAGGUCAACCAACUUUGAACUGUCCCCAGAAUCCCUAGAUGAGAUGAUUAAAAGAGACCUUGAAGAUGGUUUAAUUCCAAUCUAUUUAUGUGCAACUGUUGGGACAACCUCAACGACAGCGGUUGACCCAUUGGGGCCUUUGUGUGAGGUGGCUAGCAAAUAUAAUAUGUGGGUUCACGUGGAUGCUGCCUAUGCUGGAAGUGCAUGUAUCUGCCCUGAGUUUCGUCACUUCCUUGAUGGUGUCGAGGGUGCAAGCUCCUUCAGUUUUAAUGCGCACAAAUGGCUGCUCACAAAUCUGGCUUGCUGCUGCCUUUGGGUUAAAGACAAAGCUUCAUUUACGAAACCACUCUCUACAACCUCAGAGUUGAUGGCAAACGAAUCCACUGAAUCAGGGAAAGUCGUCGACUACAAAGACUGGCAGAUAUCACUAGCACGAAGAUUCCAAGCCUUGAAGUUAUGGAUGGUGCUUAGGAGCUAUGGGACGAUUGCUUUGAGGGAAUACAUAAGAAAACAUGUGAAAAUGGCCAAGGAUUUUGAAGGGCUCGUCAACAUGGACGCUAGGUUUGAGAUUAUGGCGCCUAGAUACUUUUCUAUGAUGUUAUUGGAAUCGGUGAAUGCAACCGGGCGAGUUUACAUGACGCAUUCGGUGGUUGGAGGAGUUUAUGUUAUCCGAUUUUCUGUGGGGGCAAGUCUCACCGAAGAUAGACAUGUAAAUAUGGCUUGGGAGUUGGUGCAAGGUGAAGCAACUUCCCUUCUCGGUGAACCAAGACCAGAGACCACUUCUAAUGGGGAAGAUUAA